UUUUGUCUUGCAGUAUAUCAAAGGAGCAAAAGAAUUAAAAAUGUUUAAUCCAGUCCGUUUAAGUAGAUAUAUAUUAAAUGUUAAACUUUGUAGAGGUUUUGCCGACAACACGGGCCAAAAAGAUGCAAAAAACUUAAAAUGGGACUUAUACGCUGGAGUUUUAGUAGAGCGGUUGCCUAUCAUAUCUAAAAGUCUUAAUGCAAUUGAAGAAGAAUUCCAAGCUUUACUCUGGCAAAAAGAGUUUGAAGGCAGUCUAAAAUCAAAUCAUGAAUUGAAACAUGAACGAGAUUUGCUUCAGGCUGAAUUAAUAAAAAAAGGAGAAGUGGAAAUCGAUUUGGACGAAAGUGCAUCGAAACAAACAGCUCAAGACUUGAAAGAUGCAUAUUCAGAAGAGUUUAAAAAUUUUAAGUUGGCUUCUAGAAAAACUGAAGCAGAUAUAAAGCAAUUAAAAUCUAUUAACAGAGCUUUGGAUGAAACUCUGUAUUUAUUAACUAAACAAGUUGUAGGAGAUAAGAAAAUUUAUACUAUUCCCGAAGGAAAAAGAAUAGAAAAUGAAAAUAUGCGACAAGCGGCUGAACGUGUUCUAAAAGAAGCAUGCGGAACAAAUACCAAAGUAACAUUUUACGGCAAUGCUCCUUGUGCAUUUUACAAAUACAAAUAUCCAUCUUCUUUAAAAAAGGAGUCAAUUGGCGCUAAAGUGUUUUUAUAUCGGACAAGCUUGCAAAAGGGUAAUAUUGAGAUGGAGAAAUCAAAAACGUUUGAAUGGCAGACAAAAAAAGAAGUUAUUGAAAAAAUUAAAGGCACCCAAUUGGAAAUUUUACAAAAAUUACUAUUUUAGAAAUGUUUUAUUUCAAAAAUGUUUGUAAUAAAAAAUUAAUCACAAUUAUAACUAAGGUUUAAUUUUGUAAUAUAGCGCAUUAAUCUUACAGCAUGCAUUAAAUUAAAUUUAGAUUUUACAU